AGAGUGUUUGUUAAAAUAUUAGUUUGUUGAUUUGGAGAGAGGGAGAGAGAGAGAGGGAAAAAAAAAACCUCUCUUUUAUGAGAGACAUGUAGAGAGAGAAUAAAAUAGGAGGGAAUUGUAACCUUCUGUAGAAGGGGGGUUGGGUUCAGAGACUGGAAAGCUUCCAUUAGCUUGGAAGUUGAAGCAAAUGGGUGCUGAGGAAAAGAAGAAUCAGAAUCAAAAUCAGAAUCAGAAUCAGAAUCAGACCAUAGCAGUGGCAAUAGACAGGGACAAAGGAAGCCAAGCUGCUUUAAAAUGGACUGUUGAUCAGCUUCUUGGAAAGGGCCAUGCUGUAACAUUACUCCAUGUUAAACAAAGAUCACCCAUCAUCCCCUCUCACACCCCACCAUCAACAGCUGCCAAUGCCAAUGCUAAGGAUUUUGUCUGGAAUAUAUUCUAUUGCCAGCACCUCUUUCUCACAUUAUGCAUUAUGACCGCAUACAUUGUUCCUAAUGACAGUUUCUUGGGCUUUUCUUUCCCCCCUUUUAUGGAUGCAGUGGGGAAUCAAUCUCAUGUUGAUACUCAAUCCAAGGAGUUGUUCCUUCCCUUCCGUUGCUUUUGUACGCGAAAGGAUAUAAAAUGCAAUGAAGUCAUUCUUGAAGACAUGGACAUUACAAGAGCCUUGUGUGAUUAUGUUAGGCUCAACUUAAUUGAGAUUUUGGUAGUUGGUGCCCCGACAAGGACCAGUGUCAUUAGAUUCAAGACAGAUGUUCCAAGCAGCGUUUCAAAAGCAGCACCAGACUUCUGCACUGUGUACAUCAUCUCCAAAGGUAAAAUUUCAUCAGUGCGAAAAGCCUCCUAUCCAGUUCCGAACCCGCCCCAACAUAAUCAAUUGCAGAACAAAACCAACGCCAUUCCAAAUCUGACUGAUGCACAUUCCUUGCAAAACAUCAACUCAAGAGGUCUGCUUCUAUCAGAGAAGAUACCAUUUAGACCUCAAAACUUGACCGAGGAUGACGAGAUCAGGUCACCCUUUGAUAGAUGUAGAGCUUCAAACAGACCAUACGAGGAGUUCACAUUGUGCAAUAGCGACAUAUCAUUUGUGAGCUCUGACAGGCCAAGCACUGAACACACGCAGCAUUCUUUUCUUGACAAUCAGGAGUUAGCUAUGGCCCCUUGGCUUUCAUCCAGCUCAGAAGCAGACAACAGAAGUGCUGGAUCAUCAUUCUCAGGAUCCAGGUUAGCUGAAAUGAAUAUGAUGAGUGGAUUCUCACCAAACUCGCUGGAAAGUUCAAAUUUUUCAUGGUCAUCAGCACAACACAUGGAAGACAUGGAAGCUGAAAUGAAGAGGCUCAAGCAAGAGCUCCAGCAGACAAUAGACAUGUACAGCACAGCCUGCAAAGAAGCACUUGCAGCAAAACAGAAGGCAAUGGAACUUCAACGUUGGAAAGUGGAAGAACAAAAAAGAAUAGAAGAGGCUCGACUAGCUGAGGAAGCAGCAUUGGCAAUUGCAGAGAGAGAAAAGGCCAAGUCUAAAGCAGCCAUGGAGGCAGCUGAAGCAGCUCAGAGGAUUGCCCAACUUGAAUCACAAAAAAGAAUGCAUGCUGAAAUGAAAGCACGCAAAGAAGCGGAGGAGAAGAAGAAGGUACUAGAUGUGCUGGCACAAAGUGAUAUCAGGUACCGGAAAUACACUAUAGAAGAGAUUGAAGCAGCAACCGAGAAUUUUGCAGAUUCUCGCAAAAUUGGGGAAGGAGGUUAUGGACCAGUAUACAAGUGUUAUUUGAAUCAUACACAGGUCGCAAUAAAAGUUCUUCGUCCAGACGCAGCUCAAGGAAGGUCACAGUUUCAGCAAGAGGUUGAAGUCCUAAGCUGCAUAAGGCAUCCCAACAUGGUUCUCCUCCUUGGAGCCUGCCCGGAGUAUGGUUGCCUAGUCUAUGAGUACAUGGCUAAUGGUAGCUUAGAUGAUCGUCUAUUUCGGAGAGGGAACAGUCCAGUUCUUCCAUGGCAAAUAAGAUUUCGGAUUGCCGCAGAGAUUGCUACUAGCCUUCUUUUCCUCCACCAGACUAAACCAGAACCAUUAGUUCACCGUGAUCUCAAACCCGCCAACAUUUUACUUGAUCAUAACUUUGUCAGCAAGAUUAGUGAUGUUGGAUUAGCUAGGCUUGUUCCCCCGUCCGUGGCCGACAACAUAACUCAAUAUCGCAUGACAGCGACAGCUGGAACUUUCUGUUACAUAGACCCAGAGUAUCAGCAAACUGGCAUGCUCGGAACAAAGUCUGACAUUUACUCAUUCGGGAUCCUACUUCUUCAAAUAAUUACAUCCAAACCCCCCAUGGGUUUGACUCAUCAUGUUGAACGGUCAAUCGAGAAGGGGACUUUUGCUGAUAUGCUUGACCCGGCUGUUCCUGACUGGCCAGUGGAAGAGGCCUUGGAUUUUGCCAAGAUAGCUCUUAAAUGUGCAGAGUUAAGGCGGAAAGAUAGACCAGACCUUGGUACCGUCGUAUUACCUGAGCUCGAAAGGUUGAGAGCACUUGCAGAAGAGAGGAUGCCCAACAUCAUGAUGUUUGCUGGUAGCCCAGGAACCUCACCAAGUCAGAGCCAAGUUUCCACAACAUCUCAAGACAUUUUAAGUGACCCUCAGCUUCAACAUUCUGGAUAUGGAAGUUCACCGAGCCGCUCAAGCACAUAAUCAUUACUGACAUACAGAAGAUCAAGUAUGGAUCAGUGCAAGCACAUAAUCAAGUAUAGAUAUUGAUAAGCAUAUACAGUUUUAGAAAAUAAAAAAAGAAAAG